AAACUUGUCAAAAAGAUGGAAGUCGACCACGUAACAAUUUUGUUUAACGGAGAAGGCGCCAUCUUCUUUGGGCUGCCAUUUCUACGCAGAGUUCAGUUCCCUUGUCGAGAAGAUCACAGAUUAUUAAUCUGCACAAUCACUAUCCAAGCCACUAUUCAUCGAAGAGAAGAUAAUAACAACAAUGACAAGUCGUGUUACCCCAGGGCGGCUGAUUAUCCCAAAUGAAAAUUUGGGCAUGACUCAAAAGAAAUUUUCUGCUGAUGGAAAUGGAAAAAGCUCUAAGAUAAUUCACAAGAAAGGGAUAGCAGGGUCAGGGCGUAAAGCUCUAAAUGACAUUACAAACAAAUCAACCUGUCGCCAGGACGCUCCAUUGAGGAAGCAAGAAAGAGCAAAGGAAGAAAUUGAUGUAGGUGGUGAAAGAUUUUUGCAUGAUCAUGAUAAAUGCGUUGAUGCACGAAAAGCCACUAUGUCUGCCUUUUACUUGGAUCUUGUUCUUCCUGGACAUGACUCAUUGUCCAAAGUUGGAUGUCAUACGUCCGAUCAAGCAAAGAUUGAUGUUGACGCCCCACAAUGUUACCCUGACCCGGAUGAAUUGUUCAUUCCUGAGCUUCCUAAUUGGUCAAAGUAUUUGGCCAAACAACAAUCACCCCCACGCUCCCCAUUGCGUUGGGAUUUUCCAUCAACUUCAUUUUCUUGCCAAUUUGGGGAACUCAACUUUGUGCUUACACAUGAAUGAUGAAACUAUGUCGUACGAGGAUUGAAGUUUUCUUAUCUUCCCACAGUCGGAAAGCAUUCGUAAGAAAGCAAUCAAUUGAAUCAAGUGAUUCAUCUAUAUGAUUAGCGAGAAGUGUCCAUUUGGUUAGUUGUAUAGACUGACUUUUUUUUCUGCACCUAUGCAUCGAUGAACUGUUUGUAGAAGCAAAGCAUCACGACUCUUGCUUUGGAGACAACCUUGUUAAUUUUAGAAAGUGGAACUAUGAUAGGUUCU